AUGGUUUUAUCACUCAGUUUCCCUUUACAAAUCGCCAUUGCCAGUGUAACAGAAGUUUCAGAUGACCUGUGUGGCAGUGGGAACUACACAGCAGAGAUGAGUCUGAACCUGGGAAGAGGUGUAGAGCCUGGUGAUGCUGUGCCUGCCCUGGGGAACCUCAGAGUGGUUAUCAACCUGAAGACAAACAACAGUCGGAUAAACCUCGGGGUCACCUCCUGUUGCUUGUCCCCGACCACUAAGCCUGACCUCAUCAACUCCACCUGCUGCCUUUUCUCCAGGUUAGCAGCAGAGCCAGCGGGGAUCACGCUGCUGCCCAGUGCCCUGUCAACCAGUGCCAGUUUCACCAUCAGUCUCUUCCAAAUGAUUAAUUACUCAGUAGUGUACCUACACUGUGAUCUCAGUGUCUGCCUGAGAAACCGCUCUGACUGUGAAAGGCAAUGCCUCCAGCAGAGGAGUGCAUUUCCCUCAGAGGAUCCAGAGGCUGUUGUCACCAAUCUCAAGAAUCGCAUAUCCUUCGGUCCCAUGUUGAAAGAAGUUAAGAAUUCGACCUCCUUGGAGGAGAUAGACCCCCCAGAGCUGGACCUGGUUCUGGUCAUCGUCAGCCUGGUGGUUGGCUCCUCUCUUGUCACAGUGACGCUGCUGCUGGUGUGGCUGGCCUACCGUCGCCGUGCAAUCUGGCUGCUCCACUCCGCAGCUCCGCCACGAGCCUGCUGCGGCUGCCUGCACCCAGGAGGAGGUGACCUGGUCCUACCGUGACCAAGGAGGAUCCACUGCCAAUUACACUGAUAAUGUCCCCACCAAAAUAGCUGCCGACAAUUGCAUUAGUCAACAGACAGUGGAGCAGUCAAUCGUAUUAACCGUAGAGCAGAGGCGGACGGUCGCAUCAGCCGGUACAGGCCAGACUAGACGAUGAGGUGCAAUCCAAUUCACACCUCCUCUCAUAGGUGACACAGCUGUUGCAGUCGAAUUCACUCUUAGCCGUGGACAGUCUAUUAUCAUUCACU